AUGGAUCCGGAUUCGUUGGCAAAGGCGUUCGUGGAGCACUACUACAAGAUGUUCGACUCUAACCGAGCGGGGCUCGGCAAUCUGUACCAAGAGAGCUCCAUGUUGACCUUCGAGGGGGCCAAGAUUCAGGGCUCCCUCGCCAUUGUUGAGAAGCUUGCUAGUCUUCCUUUCCAGCAAUGUCUCCACAAUAUAUCCACCGUCGACUGCCAGCCAUCCGGCCCGGGCGGCGGCAUGCUUGUUUUCGUCAGCGGUUCCCUCCAGCUCUCCGGCGAGCAGCACGCGCUUAAGUUCAGCCAGGCAUAAUUUUUUUCCCAUGUUCUCUUGCUUCCUGUUAAUCGAUUUGCUUCCAUUUAUACUCCAGCAUCUUUUCGUUUGACAGUUUGUUUUGAUUUCAUUGGGAGAUAUAUCUACUUUUCUUACGAUCUCUGUGAUCCGAUUUUUUUUGUUUUAUGUGAUCGUUCAACGUCUGAUACCUGUAUGAUCUUCUCCUGUUGACAGAUCUAGGAUUUUGUUCAUUAGAUUGCCCUUUUAAUUGCUACCCUGUUGUGAAUCGACAGGAUGACUCUAGCCGCUCGUAAUUCGUCGGCUUUCUUUUCUUCCCUUUUGAUACCUUAUGGCACUCUUUCGGGUGACAAUGAUCCAUCGCAGCUCCACGGUUGUAUGAUCCUUUCGCUGAAUUUUUUUUGAAAGUUUCACUGGGGAAUUGUUUUGUGAUCGAUUAAUACUUAUUGUAGACCUGAGAUGCGGGACAAGAAUCAUUUGUUUCUAGAUCGAUCUUAAUAUGCUUUACGGCCUGUCGUUGGAUUCUGUACAUGGGAACAAUAUCUGCGGUUCGACCCUCUUCUUUGGGCUUUCUUCUCUCUAUGCUGUUUAUAUCUACACAUCUACUUUGUGUAGUUGUCUUUCUGACUCUGUCUUCAGCCUGUGCUCAAUAUCCUUGACAGACUGCAUAAUUUCAUUGAUAUUCCUCUUCUCCUACUCAGUUUCUGUCCGUAAUCCUUGUCAAUUGGGUAGGGUUGAUACUGUGUGAAGUCUGAUCUAAUUUGGGAUUUAUGCGAAAUUUCGUUUCAGUUACUUUUUAACUACAUAGUCUUGCCUGAUUGCUCUUCUCUCGUGCAUGAUUUGUGCUGCAACAUGCGUGCGCCGUUUCUCUCCAUCUGUCACUGUGAACGAUAGACCCCUUAUGAGCUCAAUAAGCGCCGUUUCUGGCGCUUAUGGAGCUCAUUGGCUUCCUAUAUAAGUAAACAGACUCUUAAAAUCUAGUUUUUUAAGGCAUUGUCUAGAUGACGCGCUGUGGGAUGAAGGCAGUCUGGAAGCCAAGGCAUCCAGAGCUUACGCAUGGCCGCAGUCAGAUGAAUAUAGACACUUGACUGCGACCGCAAACAUGAUCAAACAGUGAAUGAUCUUCGUAAAAUGCAGUUGUGUUGUGCGAUCAGCAUUGAACGCUGACAUUUCUAAUGACCAUGAGUACUCGACACUAGUAAACCAAUGAUGGUUGAAUAAAUCAAUAAAAAGGGGGUCCAGUGUAAUAAAAACGCUGAUUAUUGAAGAAAAUUUCAUUUCUUUGUAAUUAUGUUGUCAUUUGCACUUUAUAUUAAAUAGAAAAUACAUUUAAUUAUUAACUUUAUCUUGGUUUUCAAAAAGCUCGAGUUUAGCAACGAUACUGUUGACAAAGGCACCGAUAUUUUCAUUGCUGGGUUCCAUGUUAGACAUUUUCAUUUUUUUGAAACAUUAUAUACAUAUAUAUAUAUUAUAUAUAUAAUAUAUGUAUAUAUAUAUAUAUUUGUAUAUACUUUGUGAAGGGUGUAAAUUGUUUCAUUCCUUAUUUCUGCGUUGUUCAUUGUAAUCAUUGGGAGGAAUGAAUGCCAAAUAUCAGUCAUUACUGGAUCUUAGACAGCUUCCUUCACCAAGUGCCUGAUAUCCUUUAUCCUUUCACUGGUUUUUGCUUGAACGGUAAUGACUUCAUGGGGCCUGAUAUUUUCUUAGGUAAGUUAGGCACAUCACCGUACCAAACCUGUUUUCACAUAGAUGGAGAAGAGCCAUGGAACAAUGAUGGGACGCCAGGGGGUUCUGGUUUCAGAAUUAUGCAGGUUUUGGAAAGAAAUCUGCCGAUAAUUUGAUGAGAGAGUCUCACACUUUUGUUCAAUGCCUGUUUAGUGCAUUGCUGGGUUUGUGUGGUGUGGGAGGUAACUGCGACUUUGGGGGGGGGGGGGGAUUUUAUGAUUCUCUUAUUCACUGAUUCUCCUCCAUAAGCACUUCUGUUCCUGAGUUGACUAAUUGCUCUGCUUUAAUGCGGGCCCAGUUGACGAGAAGCCCUGCCUGAAAAGCAUCCAUGCCUGUUGAUUUGUGAGUCUGUGGCCGGCUAGAGUUUCUUCAACAGUUGACCUCUUUCCAUGGUUAAUCAGAAGAAGAAACUCUGGCCUAAUAUUUGAUCGGACAGAAUUUUCCUCUGUUUUUUCGCACAGCCUGUUCUUCUAAUCGCUGACGUCUGCUCUCACCUCUGAUUUAUGGGUGGCAGAUGUUUCAUCUGAUGCCCACUCCCCAGGGAAGCUUCUACGUGUUGAACGACAUCUUCCGGCUGAACUACGCCUGA